GCAGUAUAAUCACAAAAACUUCUUCAAUAUUCGAAUCAUCGCCAGCUUAUACGCAUUAUCUUUCGAACAUGUAUUCAAUGAUCUCUAGAAAUACCUCCAAUAUACCUCCAAUUCUGGAAAUACCCGAUAAACCCACCUUCGACACUUUUAUAGACAGUUCCCAGUGGCUAUUGGAGAACCAGUCUCUCUUAGAGGGAUUGACGCAGAAAUAUCGCCCAGAAUCUCUUUUAUUCCAAAAAGUCAUGAAUUCUUUCGCAAUGAUGAAUCUUGCUGAGUAUAAGCCAAGCAAAUCAGGUGUCAGUGAGUUUGAUAACUCUCACCUCGGUAGUGGCGAGGAUAACGCGAAGCUCCGAGAGGAUCUCCACGAUCAUGAUUAUCCAUCUUCCAAAGGUGUGGGUCUGGAAUUAGGGCUUGAUCCAGUUUCUAAUAUAGACCUGCGACCAAACUCUACAAUUGAGCAAUCUGAGGUAAUUGUUAGACCAAGUGCGCCGGAUCAAAAUCAAGGAAGCAAGCCAUCAAGAUAUCAACAAAAGAUAUCAUUCGAGUCAAUAGGAAACGAGGAAAGACGCUUGCUAUUCAGACUCCCGUCUAUCGCUACACCAGAAACAUCUGUUACUAGUGUGAUAAUUCUGAAGAAGGUAACCAAUAUGAGUAACUACCAGUACAGACCCUCCCAACACACACCAAGUAACUUAUUUUUCAAAAAUCUAAUAAGGGGACACCUGUCUCAGAUCUCACCGAAAAAAAAAACCGAGGAGCAAGGGAUAUUUAAAGUGAUCAGAGCUGAUACAGUGAUGGGAUCUUCAGGUGACCCACAGGGUAGAGACGAAUCAAAAAUACAUGAAUCGCACAAUUACCAGCCACGGCGACAAUCCUUAGUAGGAAAAAGCCUCCCCCCCUACAUUUAUGACCAAAUAAAAAGCCACGAAAAGUUUGACAAAAAAGAAGAUAUCACUUCAUUCGAAGCUUCAAAGGAGGAUCAAGGAGAUUUAUUGGUAUCCAGCAAGACUGGCUUGCGAGUAAUAUCCAAUGGGGCCUCAGGCGUUGCAGAAUCUACCCUCAACAUCCAGACAGAUGCAGAAAAAAAAGAUUGUUACAAGAGUGUUACGAAGGGAAAGACAUUAAAUCACAUUUUGGAAACUUCGCUUUCACUAUAUCAUCAAAGAGAAAGCAAUUUAACUGUGUCUGAAAUUGAAAGCAAUAGCCUUGUGGGAAGUGAUAGUAUAGAGUUUGAUGUAUCAGAUGCGGAUAGAGAGUAUGUGCUGCCUUGUUUCUUUGCAAAAUCCCUCGAAGACCUAGAUGGAAAUGUGACUUACGAGAACAUAAAUAGCGAGGUACAGCAUGAGGAAACCUCCCACAUUAUAUCGAGUGUAAUGGGAGCUGAGGAAGAAGUCUCUAUAAGUAGUGAUAGUGUAGAAAUGAGACUUUUUCAUUGAAGGCUGCUUAAAUAUGUCUUUAUUGUCUGUGUGUGAAUUAAUCUAUUGUAUUUGUCUGAAGAUUUCUGUGAGCG